UAUAAGGUUAUUAAUUUUAACUUUUAUUUUCUUGCAGUUCAAUUCAGAUUUGGAUUUCAUCAAGAAGAUCGUUGAAAUUGUUGAUUUAACAUUAACCAAAAUUUCAUCAAAGGAUAAUAAUAGCCUGGAGACGUCUAAGGGAGAACCAUCAAAUCUAGUUGAUGUAAAUAAGAUGCUCAACUUGUCAAGAACAUUGGACACUCGGGAUCUGGAAAUAUCUUAUCGUCAAGGCUUCAUGGUUGGCUCUGCCUGGAAAGAUGGUAUUAUAUCGUCGAUGCAGAGCAGGAUCUACAAUUGGGGUGUUGAACCGAGGCCUUUAUUCUCCCGUAGGUUUGCUGCUUUCGUCCCAGCACCAACAUGCUACAGCAGGCCGUUGGAGCUUAACGUUCUUCCAGAUUAUAGACCAACAUUCUCAUAUUACAACAUUAUAUAUCAACAUCCCCCUUGGCCUCAUGCAACCCGAUACAGUAACGAACAACGUUUUCAACCUAUCAUGGACCAUGCAGUUGGUUCGAGUGCUACUUUUGCGACGUCAGAAGGCAUAACGAGUUCAAUUUCGUCGGAUUUUGGUAUAGAUCCAACAAGCAUGAACGAUGAUAUCGUUUUGACAUUAGCUUUUGCUGCGGAGGCAGAAGACAGAACGAGUUUUACUUCCUUGGAUUUCGACGAAUGCUCUACCACAACAAGCAUGCACGAUGAGAUAGUCUCGGGAUCUAAUAAUACGGUGACAGAAAACAUGACGAGGUUUAGCUCAUCGGAUUUGGACCAAUACCCUACCAUGGAUCCAACAAUCAUGCACAAUGAUAUAGUUUCGGCAUCUCAAGCUGGGAAGCGAGAAAACAAAAAGAGCUGUAUCUCAAUCUUGUGUAGCUGGUUCAAACGUUGUUUCUCUCUUACACGGGGUGCAAAAGCAGCUGACGAGGUCUAGUAGACUUGAAGCUACUCGUACAGUUGUACUUGUCUUCUAAGCAAAAGUUUCUGUUUUUUCUAGGAAAAGUUGAUGAUUACUGAUAGCCUCUACUGGUGACUGUUUCUACAAGUAUAACACCUUAUUGAGAGUAUAUUUAUAUCUUGUUUAAUGUCAUAGAAAUAUUGAGUAAUCAGAUAGAGAAUCUGUGCUAUAUGUUCUU